UUUAUAAUUUGCCAACGGUCUCUCUCUCUCUCUCCCUCUCUCUCAUAUAUUGAUUUAGUACUCAUUCACUGAGAAUACAUACGAGAAAGCACUGGAGCAUCUUAGAAAUAUGGGUAUUCAGCUCCGCACAUGUUAUUAUCAUCAUAAUCGCCUCAUGGUACCAUCAUUAUCAUCAUUGUUGUAUGCAAGUUCUUCUACAAUUUCAAUUUCAAUUUCACUGUUAAGUUCUAGCUCCCAAAUUGCUGAUGACAAGAGCAGAAGCACAAUAAACAAGACAUUUCGUCUGUACAGUGGUCUUGGUUCGAGUUCUGUUAAUGGAAGAGCCAAGGGCAAUUGGAGGAGGAAACGAGUUGGAUCGAGAAUUGUUGCAGCAUCAAGCAACAACGCAGAUGCACCAAUCAGCUGGGAUGAUUGGAAACCUCAGAAGGGUUCCGAAGCUCCUUCCCUCAGCGAUGUUGUUUGGCCUGCUGCAGGGGCAUUUGCGUCAAUGGCGGUAUUGGGGAAGAUGGACCAGAUGUUGGCAAGAAAAGGAGUUUCAAUGACAAUUGCACCCUUCGGAGCUGUUUGUGCUGUCCUCUUUGCCACUCCCUCCUCCCCUGCUGCUCGGAAGUACAAUAUGUUUAUUGCUCAAAUAGGUUCUGCAGCAUUUGGUGUUUUGGCAUUUUCAAUAUUUGGACCAGGUUGGCUAGCUAGGAGCACUGGCCUCGCUGCAGCCAUAGCUUUCAUGAUCUACACACGUGCCAUUCAUCCACCAGCUGCAAGCUUGCCCUUGCUAUUCAUUGAUGGAGCAAAAUUGCACCACUUGAAUUUUUGGUAUGCUUUCUUUCCUGGUGCUGCGGGAUGCAUUCUCCUCUGUUUAAUUCAAGAGGUGGUAUGUUACUUGAAGGACAACUUCAAAUUUUGACACAUGACGGACUAGUGCAUUAUUUGAAGUCAUACAAUCAAAGCAAGUAGGCCCAUUGAAGGUAUGUGAUGGAGCUUCUUUGUGUAGUCUCAGAACUGAUUGGUCUCCACCAGAAAUUCCCAAAAUGAUUGUUGUAAAGGAACGUUACACAAAAAUUCCCAUACACGCAAAGCGAUAUGCUAUGUUUGUAAAGAUUACAAAUUUCUUGUUCGUAGGGUUGGGGACAAAAUCAUUCUAGAGUAAUCGCUCUCUAAGAAGAGACUCGGCUAAUAAAUUUCAUUGAUAUUUACAUUAGUAAAUGGAGAACUUCUUGACCAGGAUUCUUAUGAAUCACAAUGUCUUGGUUCUUAGU